UCAACAUGGCGGACGAAAGCGGAGUUUCUAAACGGUGGAAGACUUUGCCUUGUUCUGCACUUGGUGUCUGAAAAUUUCUGUGUAAUUUAACGUCAUUACCAUGGAAGAAGGCUACAAGAAAGUAAUAGAGCGUCAUCGAGAUAAAUUUCGCCGUGCAAUAACGGUAGAAAGACUGUUUUCCCCACUUGUUGUUAGCCAUGUUGUGAAUUCUGAAGAAUCCCAGGCGAUUCAAAGCGAGCAUCCUGCUCAAAGAGUUGACCGACUGCUAGAUGUCAUUCAAAGAAAAGACUAUGAGACUUUCAAGAAGUUUUGUGUGGUUUUAGAGACGACUUAUCCUUACAUGCUAAACUGUAUGUUCUUGGGAGUCGAGCCUCCUACAACUUCGGCCUCGCCGCACAUACGAACGGACCAAGGAAAAACUGCCGAUAACGAAGACGAAGCAACAGCGCGUCACAUGCAAUGCAUUGGUUCAUCACGCUGUGUGAAUGUUGGCCGAAGUACAAGCAUGACCGGCCAUGACCUCUGCAAGGAUCGGCUUAUCGGGCUUAAAAAUGAGUUAAGGACAGUGAAACGAGACUUGGAAAAAGUAUCAGCUCAGUUACACGAGACUGAAGCUGAAAGAGAUGCCUACAAGAAAAUCAAUGACUUGAAAACUGCAGACAGAAUGCAUAUGGACAAUAACUCCAAUGGUCCACUUGGAAAUUUGCAAGGGAGUGACAGGGACAAUGAGUUUGACAUGCUUAAAGAGCAGUAUGUGGAGUGCUUGAAGGAACUAGAACUCUUAAGAUAUGAAAAUUCUGACAUUUCGGCCAAGUAUGAAUCCGUCUGUCAACAAUGUGAAAGUGGCAGAAAGUACAAAAUGUUAUUUCAAAGCGUACAGAGAAAGUAUGAAGAAAUCAACCUUGAGCGCGAUAAGCUGAAACAGGAAUAUGAAGAAAUUGUGUUGUUGAGGGAAAGAGAAAAAAUUGAACUCAUAGAAAUGAAGGACAAUCAAAAGUACGAAGAAUUUGUUACAACUCAUUCAGCGAACACAGCAUUUGAUAAAUACGAGUCACCCAAAAAGGAGUACGAAAGCCUUCAGGACAGUCACAGAGAUCUGAGGUCCAAGUACAAUCACUUAUUUAACAGCUAUCAAAACUUAGAAUCCGACUACUCGGCACUAAAAAUACAGUUUGAUGGCUUACUUCAUGAGCAAGACUCGUUGAUCAUUGAACGCAAUGGACUGAAGCAGCAAGCGGAGGCUGCAAUCAAUAAGUAUGAAAAAGCUAUUAAAGAUCGUGACUCUGCAUUGAAAGUUUCGUAUCAGGUUCAACAGGAAAGGGAGAGAGAACGUGAACAAGUCAUGUCUCGCCAGGUUAGAACUGCCAAAGACAUCACCAAACUAACUGAGGAGCGGAAUGCGGCACUGAAUGAGUAUCAGUUGGUUAUGAGUGAACGAGAUACAGUUCAUCGGGAAAUUGAAAAACUUCAUGAUGAAUUGGCCGAUCUGCGAAGUACUAAUGAAAAGCUCCAAAAAGAUUAUUCAAAACUUCAGAAUCACAUUAACAGCACUCAAGGGGAAUUGUCUCUUGUAGUGGAAGAACGCAAACAGGCUGCAAAGGAGGUUUUUGGUCUGAAAGAAAAACUUAGUCAGGCAAUGUCAGAAAAGGAGAAUGUUAUCAAAGAACUGGACAAAGUGAGAGAAGAUUACGAGAUGUUAAAACAGGAGAGGAAUGUUGCACGGAGAGAACGCAGUGAGGCAAUCAUACACAGAGACAAAAUCCUAAAGGAAUGUUUUGAAAUAAGACAGAAACAUCAACUAGUGAUCAAAGGAGAGCACAAGGAGAUGGAUGCGCUCAGAAAACAGUUUGAGGUGCUUUCAAAGGAGCUAACAAAUGCGUUACAUGACAUUGAAGUUGUGAAAGUGCGGAGAGACUGGGCUUUGACCGAAAGAGACAAAGUAAUUCAAGACAGGGAUUCCUUGAAAAUAAGAUUUGACAAAAUGCAACAUGAGAGGGAUCGUGCUGUGAGCGAUCUGGCGGAACUUCUCCAUGAAUCUGAUCACAUAAGACGAAAACAUGGUGAGGCUGUUGCUGAACUCUUAGAACUGCGCAGCCAUAUCGAGAAUCAACUGAAUCAAGGCAGUCUUUCACAGGAACUUGUGUCAAGUAGAGAUUCGGCAAUCGACACAGACUCCAAUGAAUGGGAAACAGAAUCUGUUGUUUUAGAGAGGAUGAAUCUGGAUGAUGAUCUCGGCAUUGCCAUUGCUGGUGGGAUUGACACUCCUGCUAUUCCUAAUGACAGCUCUAUUGUGAUAACUAAUGUCGCAAAAGGAAGCAUAGCUGAUGGCAAGCUCAGGGUAAAUGACUGUGUUCUGAAGGUAAACAACAUUGACUUGACAAAUGUUGAAUACCGCACUGCAGUUCAAGCAAUCAGCAGAGGGGAGGUGGUCAACAUGACUGUGAAGAGGAAGAGAUUAACAGGAUCUAGAGCCUUGCUUCACCCAGUCAGUCUGAUCCUCACAAACAACAAAGAGCUUGGGAUCAGAGUUGACAGCACUAACCAUAUCAGUUGCAUUGUACCUGGAAGUGUUGCUGCUGAGGAGGAAACUAUUGCAGUUGGAGACAAGAUCAUUACUAUUAAUGGCACAUCCACUGAGAACCUCAACCAAACUGAAGUUGAGAGACUGUUAUCGACAAGUCUUGUGAGGCUCACAAUUCAGAAGUUGUCGGCUGCGUCGUCACGAACACAAGUGCUUCAGUCAUUGUUGGAUGAAGUCAAUGAAAAGAUCAGCAGAGAAAAUGACAUCUGUCGUGAGGUUGAGCACACAAAGGAAAGAAUCACAAACUCUGGAAGCUUAUGCGAGCUGCAGUUAUCACAGCAGGAGUCCUCGUCUGCUUAUCAUUCCGGGAAAAGCUCCCCUCUUCCAGAUGACCAAAUACCCUCAACUCCCGAGUCAAUUUCUGAACCUGUGUUGCAUUCAUCAUCAUCACUAACUCCACUUUAUGAAGAGAGCAGAGAAAGAUUGCGUGAGAAACAAACGGACUCCAGCGAUUUGUCCACUGAGGAAGGAAGUGCAUCCCAUCUGGUCACAACAAGCGGUGGUUCAUCGUCUCGAGGACGGACAUUUGUCAAGUUAAGAAAAUCAUUAAUGCGUCCCAGUCCACUAACACGGUCCAUGCCUGUUCAGAAGGAGAGACCUACACCCCCAACCAGAAGUUGUUCCUACAUGUCAGCCAUCACGUCACCUCCCCAAGCAGACGUCAAUGUCAGUUCACAGGUAGACAACAUGCUCACAAUCCAAUCAGCGCCAGUAUCUACACUUCAUUACCCUUCAAAUUCAUUUCAAGAUUCUCCUGUUGUUAACACUUCAAACACCGUAGUCAUUCCUCGUAAAAAGACUGAGUCAUAUUUCCGAAAUGGUUCUCGUCCUCAAUCUGCUCCCUCUGCAAGAAAUUACCAGAUACCCUUGGGAGGUAGCCCAUUGUCGUCCAGUUUUGGUCGAUAUUCCAGUCAUGAAGACCCUUUGGCAUUAACUCCUCCGAAGCCCAACAUGACAGGACCUCCUGUCACAGUUGCUGUCAUGAGGUCAGCUAACGUCCCAUACUACACUGCUAAGAGUCAUUCUGUUCAGAGUUAUGGAGGCCAGCCGGCUGUCAGUCAACAGUGUUUACCAGUGCAGUGUCGCGGCAAGCAUAAACAAGACACAAUCGAGCCCGAGCUGCCUCGAGGCAGACAUAGUCGGCAGGGGUCAUCUCAUAGUGCAGAUGGAGAGGAGCACAAAGUGCGACACUUGUCUCUUUACAACUAUGACCCGCCAUCAAAUGCUAAGAACAAGGCUCACAGAGUUAGUUUACCAAACCCGCGGUCACGGGUGACAUCGUAUCCCAGUGCAGGGACAGGAAGCUACUGUGGCAGUUCUGUGAGUUCGACAUACUCCAUCUCCUCAGGUCAUACAACUCCUGUUGUUGUUCCUUCAACUCCAAUCGUGCCAGCAACUGAAGAAGGCGGCCCUGUUUUGGCUUUUGACUUCAGUGGUCCAUUGACGUCUAAGGAAGAUCCUUUUAACAGGGAUUAUGAGCCUCGCCUUGUUCAUAUAGAAAAGAAGGACACUCUAGGAAUUUCCAUUGCCGCUGGUUGUCAGGGGGGUGUCUUUGUCUGUUCUGUUAAUGAAGGAAGUGUGGCUGCAACGGCAGGACUUAAAUAUGGUGAUCAGCUGUUAGAGUACAAUGGUGUGAACCUCCGAUGUGCGACGUACGAGCAAGCGGCCAUGAUUCUGAAGCAGUCUGGUAACAGUGUGACCAUUUUAGCACAGUUCAACCCAGAGAAGUUCAAAGAGACGACAGAAUCAAUGUCCAGCCAAUCAGAAGCAAGCACCACAUGCAGUACACCCAUCAACAAGACAAAACAGUCACAUGAGGGCAGCAGCAGUACUCCACCAAUCAGAAGAAACAAUGGAAUUCUACCAAUCAUUGACAACGAGCCACCCGGAGACUUACGUUAUGUAUUCUUCACAAAAAGUCCCAGUUCGUUGGGAUUCAAUAUCGCUGGUGGAAAUGCCAUGGGAAUCUUUGUGUCAGAAAUGCAACCCGAUGACGAGGCUGUUAGUUCGUCUGGACUCAGUGUUGGCGAUCACAUUUUAGAAGUAAACGAACUAGCAAGAUAUUUUCUUUCUGAGGCCAUUUGGGGGNAAAAUCCCGUGCUUGUAUGUGGCUGGGAUCAUUACUACGUGACUGCCUACGGGAGGAGUCCGUUUACGAAGAUCUUUUGGUCUAAUUACAUAAGGGCCCUGUUUGAACGCAUGGCGAACUCCAAAGGAGAGCUCACUUUCAAGAAGGGAGACAUUCUGUAUGUUACUGAUACAAUGUACAACGGUCACAUGGGCUGCUGGAGAGCGUGCCUGGUCAAUGAGGAAGAUGCUCAGAAAAGAGAGAUUGGAAUGGUGCCAAGCCGCAUGAAGGCCGAGCAAGAGAUUCUGUUACGUAGAAGCCUAGCACUAGCUCAUGGCGAUGAAUAUAAACUGAGUGGGAGACGAAGUUUCUUUCGGCGGAGCAAGAAAGGCUCACACGGCAUGUCUGUCAAUCAUUCGCGUGAAGGAAGUGACUCCGCGACAAGUAUCACAACUAGCUGUACAGAUCUUGGAAUAGCUUCUUACCAAACAGUGGAGAAACUAGACAGUCACAUUCCACGAGCUGUAAUUUUGUUUGGUCCUAUGGUUGAUGUUCUGUACGAGAAGCUGUNGUUGCCAUACAACAUCUCACUGAUAAAACGUUUUCCUUUUGUAAACAGAGACCAGAAAGACAGUCGCUACAUCAGAGAAAAGAUGAGUCUUAGACACGCUAAGGAUCUGUUUGAAUCCAGUGCUAAAAUGGAACGAGAGUUGAAGCACUUAUUUAAUGGCACAUGUGUUGUUCAUGGAAACAGCAUCAGCAGUAUUUGUUCCCAGAUCCAAGAGAUGGUGGACGAGCAGCAAAAGAAGACGGUCUGGGUACCACUUUCGAGCGUUUAGGGAAAAUCAUUCGCAGAUUCUUUUUACUUUUGUAGAUCCUUUCCAUUCUUUCCUUUAACGUUUUCAUAAUAAUUUUCGUCAUCCCUGCUUACGCUUAGAGGACCAAUGGGACUAAGCAGCAGCAAGAUCGACUAGAUCUCUGCCAUCUUCUUAAAAACUGCUCUUUCCCUUUUUCUUGGGCCUCUUUUGGUUGUCUUGGGACGACUUUUCUUUUUGUCCGGUAAGGCGCUGUCGUUUCCUAAUUCUAUCGGAAGCGAACUCUUUUGAUCUCAUUUCCACUCCUUGUAUUCGCACUCUCUCCAGUCCCUUCUUAGGAGGCCGCGUUCUUGUUUAGCCAUUCGUCCAUUUUGUUGAAUUGUCAUUUCACUGAGAUGAUCAAACACUUCAUUCUCACAAGUUUUAGUUGCAAUGGCUAUGAGAAGUUAGAAAUUAGUCAGUUUUGAGUAUGACAGACGUUUCCGCUCCAUUCUGAAACCUCGAGUGUUGUUUUGAAGGUUGUAGAUCAGAGCGGUAGUAGAAACAGUGAUCUUUCACAAGGUUAAAUAUAAUUAUUCAAGCGCUCACUUUUUUUAUUAUUUUGCUUGUGAUCCGAAAAUUCGUGACUUUGAACGACGUCUAAGACGUGAACUAAAUGUAGCCCUUAGUUAACGGUUAAAAAUUGCGGGUGUGGUUUUCUCCAUAUUACCUCUUUUAGUGAGGAGCUGCAAUUUUUUUUAAAGUAACACGCUUAGUUUAUCUACUGCACUCGACCUCUUCUCGUACCCAGAUCUAAGAAAGUAUCCAGAUGCUCUCUCCCGAAGAGUGAGGAGAUUUGGUUACGAAAUUACACUCUACCUACUGCAACCCGCUAGGUAGAAACUAUUGUAUAGCUUCACGCAUCGACGUUCAACUGUACAUUGGUUUGUUGGUUUUUCAGUUUGUUAUGGUAGUACAGGUAAGCUGAGAAGCGUGAUGAUGCCCCGCGGAAAUCAGUUUCGACGAGAAUAUAUUUGUAAGAUUGGGUGGUUAGUCAGCUUUAGAUUGAAAUGGUAAUUUAUAAUGUAAGCUUGCUUAGUAGAAGUCCGUAAUAAAGAUACUUUGAGAAUA